CUGUUAUCUUGCUGUAUGCAAGUGGUUCACUGUGUGAUCCUUGCGCCCAUAGAGUAUGUACCGAAUUCUUUUGGCGACAGGUUCAUUCCCCGCCGUUAUGCACUUCGGCGCUCGAGCCAGUUCGUAGAAGAUAGUAAAAUGGAAAACGUUACAGAUCCGAUCAAGAUGAAGGACGUGUGUGGAUUCUGGAGGCAUCACCACUACACGACCGUACUGAAGGAGCUCUUCGAGCUGGUUCCAUUCCGUAACAAGAUUCUCACGUUCCACGAGAAAACAUGCCGGCGCGUGUCCAACCCGCUGGCGAUCCGGACGAACCUGGAGUGGGUCACUCGACCGGCCCAUCCGAACCGCCAGAAGCUGGACUGGAGCUGUAAUCCGCGGCUGAAGCCGAUGGCGUUCAUUGAGGCCGUGCACGAUCUGCCCAACAUCAAGCGGCACUACCAGAAGAUUAUCGACUGGUCGAGCGGGGGCCAGAUCGCUGCCAUCUUCAAUAAGAAGCUGGUGAUCUGGGAGCCCAACACGGACGUGACGAUCGGGCUGGGCUUUCAGCACGCGACCGCCAUCGCGUUCAAUCCGACCGGCGACCGGCUGGCGAUCGCGAUGUACUUCAUGGACCGGGCGAUCCUUGACAUCCUGGAGGUCCGCAGCGAGCAGUUCGGGAAGCACGGCGUGGUGAAGAUCGUCGAGGGUAGUGAGGUGCUCCUGACCUGCCUGACGUGGGACGGCAGCGGGCGGUACGUGGUGUGCGGGUUCGCGUGCGGAAUGCUCUCGGUGGUGGACGUGCAGACGGGCAGUGGUGAUGGCACGAACCACCGGUCCGUCGAGUACCCCGCCCACAACAGUCUGAUUCUGAUGAUAAAGUUCUCCUGCGGGUUCAAGUACCUGGCCACGGGCGAUUUGGACGGCGAGGUGUACAUCUGGAGCUGGAGCGCGGGCCAGCUCGCGGUGAUCAAGCACAUGAUCGCAUCGUUCGUCUUCUUCGAUUGGCACCCUUGGCGUGAGGACGAGAUCGUUAUCGCCGACAGCGAGCCGGUCCUGAUUUCGCUGCAUCACGUCCCGAGCCGCCAGGUGGUGUCGUACUAUCGACGCGAGGAGCCCGAUUGCAUCGUGACGGCGCUUUCGUUCAAUAAGGUUUCCGGCGAGCUGGUCGUGUGCUUCACGUACGCUGACGACGAUAAGCAGCCCGAAAUAGUCGUGCUGGCCUCGCUGGAUCGCGUGGUUGAUGUGUUGCGCAAUCACGAAGAAUCCAUAGUGCAUCUACUCUGGAGUCCCGAUGGAAAGCAGCUCGCGAGCAUCGGCCAUGACGAAACGCUUACGAUCUGGAACUUCUUCGGAAGCCCCCCAAACGGCAACACAAGGGGCAAGAACAGGAAGCGCAAGCUGCAACACGAUCCACCGGCAGGGACUAGCUCGGGCUUGCGGGACGUGGCACGGAUUCAGUGCAACCGUAACAAAGAAGCCACCUAUCGGGAUCUGGCCUCCAGUUUCCUUUUCAAGCCGAUGCGCUAGCCCUUGCCUCGCUUGCAAUCCUUCCUAACCGCGGGUCACCACCCAGAUCCACAGGUUCCGGAAGAUAAGAGAACAUGGGCCGCCUGGAGUCGGCCUGGGGAAAAGCAAAUGAAUGCAAUCCGCUGUGCGGUAAACGGAUCGUUCGUUCGAUAUUGAUAUUACCCUUGUGUGUUUAAUGGUUGUAAAUUUGGUGUACAUCAUUAUAUUUUCGUUUUGUUUUUUGUUGCGAUGCUUUUUAUAAUAUUUCUAUUUAAGGUGAGAAGAGUGUAGCCAAAGUGUUGGAAAGUCAAAGUGCAAUAUCUUUUACCGAUGCCGAUCGUAUGCUAAGGAAUGUGUGAUUAAAGUUUUCUUGACUGGAUGAAAGGUUGACAGACUGGUAAAUAUUUAUCUUCAUUUUAUUUAAACCCAGUUAAGUUAGUACAGCACAAACAGCGAGAAACGUUAACUAACUUAUAGUCCUCGUGUAUCCAGUGAAUAAGUAGUAAAUAUCAUAUCUAUUUCC